CGGCGAACGAACCAGCUCAACCUGUCCCCCUCCUACUAUGAUCCGCCUUUACAACCCGGUUGGGCCACAAAAGGCUUCCUCCAAUUGACCGCGUUGCAUCUUGUGCCCUUUCUUUUUUCUUUUUUUUUUGCUAGUGCAGGGCAAGUUCACACGUGACUCGGCGCCUUUUACUACAGCGUUUAUCAACCCCAUUCAAAAAAAAAAAAACACACACACACAUAUCUCUCUCUCUCUCUCUCACAACUAACCAGCUCCUCACAACUACACUCAACUCCAGCAACGACGACGAUCUCUCGAUGCAUAAAGAUCCUAUCCAGUUUACAAAUCCCCUGCUCGGAACCGGCACCAGGCCCGUGGCCGUGAACAUUCCCACCUCUGUCACACGUCUGACCAACGCCAGUACGGUUGUUGGGAAUGGCGUGUCCCUCGCCUCGAGUGCAGGGUCUGUCUCGGCACUGAGACGGCGAAGCCUUUGCUCGAUUGAUCAGCCAGGCAUGGUCAUGAGCAAAUUACCACAAGAGCUCGAAGACACCCAGCAUGAGUUUGGCUCCAAGCUGGUCGUUAUAAUGGUUGGAUUGCCCGCGCGAGGCAAGAGCUAUCUGGUCAAGAAGCUGCAGCGUUAUCUGACCUGGCUUCAAUAUGACACCAAGGUGUUCAACGUCGGAAACCGAAGAAGAAUCGCAUCCAAAGGCGACAACAAGGACGGAACGAGCCAUUCGCAUGCGUUCUUCGACCCCCAAAACAGCACAGCCAAGACGAUGCGUGACGAAUUGGCGCUAGAUAGCCUGGAGGAACUUAUUGCCUGGCUAAAACAAGGGGGCCGUGUCGGCAUUCAUGAUGCGACAAAUUCUUCUCGGGAAAGAAGAAAAAUGCUGUUGAACCGAUUGGAUCUGGAACCAAACUGCAGGGUCCUCUUUAUAGAAUCAAUAUGUACGGACCCCGUGGUCCUUGCACACAAUAUCACCAUGAAGCUGAGCUCGCCCGAUUAUAAGGGCAUGGACGAGGCACAGGCGCGGGCCGACUUUAAAAAAAGAUUGGAGAACUAUGAGAAAGCAUAUCAAACGCUGGACGAGGAGGAUGAGGAGGAAGGGAUCCAGUAUUGUAAGCUGAUCAACGUUGGAAAGAAGGUCAUUGCGUACAAUAUUCAGGGAUAUCUUGCAGGACAGUGCAUAUUCUACUUGAUGAACUUCAAUCUGUCCCCGAGAUGCAUAUGGCUCACACGGCAUGGAGAAAGCGUUGAUAAUAUCGUUGGAAAAAUCGGAGGGGACGCGCCAUUGUCGGCCAAAGGAAAGCGAUAUGGCGCGUGCUUGUCACGGUUCAUUAAUCACCAACGCCAGGAGAAUGAACGGGCAAGGCAAAUGGAAGCCGAGGCAGGGACGGCGAUCACGCCUCAACGGGAGAAAACUGUUGCUGUAUGGACCAGCAUGCUGACGAGGACCAAGGAGACCGUAGAGGAAUUUGAUCCAAAGGAGUACGACAUCAAGCAUAUGAGGUUCCUGAAUGAGAUUUACGCUGGCAUAUGCGAGGGUCUAUCCUACAACCAGAUUGAACAGCUGUAUCCUGAGGAGUUUGAGGCACGGAGGAUCAACAAGUUGUUUUAUCGUUACCCAGGAAUGGGUGGAGAGUCCUAUCUGGAUGUGAUUCAGCGAGUGAACCCGUUGAUUGUUGAACUGGAACGGAUGACCUCGGAUCUUGUGAUUGUCACCCAUCGGGUGGUUCUCCGUAUCCUGCUGGGAUACCUGAUGGACAUUGACCGGUCAGCGAUGCCGGAGAUGGAGGUGCAGCUGCACACGUUGUAUUGUGUGGAGCCCAGGCCCCACGGGACGGUUGUGCGCAAGUUCAGAUGGGCAGAGGAAUUGGAUUGGUUUGUGGAGGAGCCUGUUGUUGUAUAAGAAGCAAGCAAAGCGGGCGGUCGUCUCUCUUUUUUUUUCGCUUUCGGGUCUUUUCUCUUUUUUUUUCCUUGUGGGGAAGGGAGGAAGAAGGGAAGAAGAGACAGAGUCGAAUAAAUCCCUUUUUUUUUUCUGUUCGAGCGAGUAUUAUUAAAAGCAU